GUCAACAAUUGCUAGUUACUUUUAACAAUCAAACAACGGCGCCUCAGAGGAAACGAAAGCUUUACUUUGCUUAGCUCAACUCCCCAUGAAACUAUUUUUUCUUCCUUUGAUAGGAGUUGAACGUUGAAACACACAGACUAAUAAAAAAAAAGGGGAAACAAGAAAUAAAGUAAGGAACAAAAAAGCACUCCACAAGCCGACAAUAAACAAGGCCACCUUCAUCCCAUCGUCUACAUCGCUCUCUUACAUGUUUUAUUUUUGUUUUAUUUUUCUUGUCUAGAUAUCAACCCCUUUCCCCUCACACUGCCCCAGACUAUGUUCAUUUCUCUCUCUCAAGUCGCAAGAAACUAUUUUUCUGACUGGAGAGCUCCAUUGUCAUAUAUCUUCCUGUAGCUUUAGUUUCUCUACUCAGACACACUCUCCCCCAGUACCCUUUCCCUUUACUCUUGAAUCAUGGCUGCUUUAGUGAUUGUAGUGCUCAUUUUGGCCAUGACUGGCUGCUCAAGUGCCACAUGGUGUGUUUGCAAGGAUGGGGUGGCUGAUUCAACCUUGCAGAAGACCUUGGACUAUGCUUGUGGAGCUGGGGCUGACUGUAACCCUACCCACUCCAACGGGCCUUGUUUCAACCCCAACACUGUUAGGGCUCAUUGCAAUUAUGCUGUUAACAGUUACUUCCAAAGAAAAGGCCAAGCUCAAGGCUCAUGUGAUUUUUCUGGCACUGCCACUGUUACUGCAACUGACCCUAGCUAUGCUGGCUGUGCUUAUCCAUCUAGUGCCAGUACCUCCGGCACCACCACAACACCAACAACGCCAACAACACCAACAACGCCCAUCACAACAACUACACCAUCAACUACCACACCCUCAACUAUGAACCCAAGCACUAACACCCCAACAAGCACAACACCAUUCGGUUCAACAACACCAACUGGAGUGUUAGGAGGAGUUGGCACCGGCCUAGGCCCUUCAGGAACAGGGAUCAACACAGACUACAGUGAUGGGGGAUUUAGGCUCCAAGGCUUCCGUUCCUUCACAGCCCUCUUGUUUUCUGGCUUGAUGCUAUUGUGGGGUUGAAAAAGAAAAACUAGAGAGUGGAUGGUGAGUUGUAGUAGUGAGGUUAAGGUCAGUGGUUAUGCUGGAGUUUCAAUGUGCAUAAGUUGGUACCCAUGUGGUUCUGCUGUUGUUCAUCUAAGGAAAUGUCAUGAGCAUGGAAAUGGGGAUUUUAUUCCUUUUAAAGCAUGGUUUUUGUGGUGACGGAUGUGGUGUUAUCUACCUUUUUUUUCACGUUUUAUGUACAUCUAGAUCUAGAAUUCAGUAAAUUGUUAUUUUGAAGAGAAUUUGGCACCAGAAAAUCAUCCUUAGUUACUUUUAGUAAUCGUCAGUAGUACUUCCAGAACUUAGCUAUCUUUUAUAACUGGUUAGAUUUGUCUAUUUGUUCUUUGCUCGUAUCUGCCUGGCUUGUCAUCAUGUUUAUGUUCUUUUUCAUGUUCCUUUUACGACAUGCAAUGCUUGAAUUUUAGAGCAACUUGUUGCUUAUGUUAACAUCACAAAGAUUUGAUGCC